GUGGGGCAGCGCGUUCCCGACCUGCCCCGCGCCGGCCGCCAACCGCCGGAUUUGAAUCGAGUCGGCGCUCGGCGCCUGCGGCGGCGGGAUGGGCGCUUCGUCGUUGCCCCCCGCCUGGCAGCUCUACCUCAAGGACCACCGCGUCUCUACGUUCAAGAACUGGCCGUUCCUGGAGGGCUGCGCCUGCACCCCGGAGCGGAUGGCCGAGGCCGGCUUCAUCCACUGUCCCACUGAGAACGAGCCCGACUUGGCCCAGUGCUUCUUCUGCUUCAAGGAGCUGGAAGGCUGGGAGCCGGAUGAUGACCCUAUGCAAAGGAAACCAACAGUAAGCAGAAAGAAUUCGAAGAGACGGCAAAGAGAGUGCGCUGUGCCAUCGAGCAGCUGGCCGCCACGGAGUGACCCCGCCGCCGCCGGGCGAGCUGCUCCCCGCGUGGGGCGCGCACCCUGCCGGGACCCUGCCCAGCGCCUUAGGAAACAGGAACAUCCACGAUUUGAAAUUAGAAUAUUUAAGCUAGACUUUUGCUUUUUUCUUGAAAGCAGUGCCGGGGCCGCUUCUCUUCGGGCCGCUGAGUCCAGGAACCGAUUCUCUCAUUUUUCUUUGGUAGUUUUUGUGCCGUUGGUUCCUGGGCUCCUGGGGGUGAGAGGGUGAGCAGCGUGUUCUGGCCGCGGAGCCCUCCCACGGCGCAGCGUCGGCUUCAGGCUGGCAGCUGGCUGCGCGGCCUGAGCUUUGAUGCCUGAACGUAAUCAUGGGUCUGUUGCGGCUGCACAAAUAGAGAAUUAAGGACGCCA